AUGGACCCGGCUAAGGCACAGAUGGUUGCAGAACUGGAAAUAGAAAUGAUGACAGACUUAUAUAACAGGUCAGUCUCUAUGAUACAAAGUGAGAUGCAGAGGAAUGAUCUAACUUUUUCCAGUGCACUCUGCUUCAUUUCAAGCGUUGAUCGUAAGUCACGCACGCAUUGAAACAAGAGAGGAACAAGAGGGAAUUUCGUAAUUGACUACUGAUGGCACUUUCCGAGGUUCCCAUGAGAUGUUUUGACCAUGACCAUUUCCUGAAUGUGAUGAACAAUUUGAAGUCUGUUGACUAACUAACUUGAUGAAUCGUUCCCUUUCUUUUCUUCUUCUUACGCUUGAAUUUUUUAUUUUACAAUGGUAUUUGAGUAUACAUGCGACCUUUUUGUGUACCCUUAUUAAGGUCUGAGAGUAACUACUGAAUACUGGGCCACCGAGGUCGGCACCUUCUCGGCAUGCUUUGAAGAAGGAGGCAGAACACUGAGGGAUGUAUAGUGAUUAAACGAGAUGUUAAUAAGUGGCCCUGUAUUCUGUAGCUUUACCCAUGGGUUUUUUUUUAAUCGAGAAAUGUUAUCAAGUGUUCACCAUCCUCUCCCUCUGUUUGUAUUUUUCCUUAGUUUGCUUAAAUGUUAUCAGAAAACUCCCAGCAUAGUGGAUUUGUUGAACAGCUGACUUGCUUAAGCUUAACCCUUAACACCCUAAGAUCAGCAUGUAUAUUCUCCAUAAUGUUCCUUAUUCAUUUCCUAAGGUACUAACAAAGAGAGAUUGCUUAAUAAUCAAGUACUUUUUGACCUUGCGAUCUUUUCCUUUAUUCUCAUAACCUUAGCACUUGAUUUAGUGAUUCAGGUGAUACUGUUAGGAGUAAUUAGGAGCCUAUCCCUCAGGGGCUAAAAGUUGCAUUCAUAAUUUAACCUACAGAUUAACUGUGGCUUGUCAGAAGAAGUGUAUAUCUCCAAAAUACAAAGAGGGUGAUCUAACAAAAGGAGAAUCAGUGUGCCUGGAUCGGUGUGUGGCUAAAUAUUUGGAAAUACAUGAUAGGAUUGGCAAAAAACUAACAGCCAUGUCUAUGCAAGAUGAACAGCUAAUGAGUCAGCUUCAAGGUCAGGCACAAGGAGGGAAUUAA